AUGACAUACUUCAUCCUGCAGGGCAUUCCCGGACUGGAGACAGCUCAUGUGUGGAUCUCCAUCCCCUUCUGCACCAUGUACAUUAUAGCCCUCUUGGGGAACUUCACCAUCCUGUUCAUUGUGAAGAUGGAGUCGAGCCUCCAUGAGCCCAUGUACUAUUUCCUCUGCAUGCUGGCCACCACCGACCUGGUUCUUACCACAUCUACCAUGCCCAAAAUGCUUGCAAUCUUCUGGGUCAAUUCCAGGGAGAUCCAUUUCAGUGCCUGCCUUGCUCAGCUGUUUUUCAUUCACUGCUUCUCAGCGAUUGAGUCUGGGAUAUUGGCAGCCAUGGCAUUUGAUCGCUACGUGGCCAUCUGCCAUCCCCUGAGACAUUCCACCAUCCUGACAAACCCUGUGGUGGCCAAGAUUGGCCUGGCCGUGGUGCUGCGCAGUUGCAUGGAGUCACUGCCCUAUCCCUUCCUGGUGAGGCAGUGGUCAUAUUGCAGAACCAAUCUCAUUUCUCAGCCCUAUUGCGAACACAUGGCUGUGGUGAAACUGGCCUGUGGGGACACCCGCGUCAGUAGUUACUAUGGGCUCUUUGGGCUAUUCUGUGUCUUGGGUCUGGAUGUGAUAUUUAUCGCCACUUCCUAUAUGCAGAUCCUCAGGGCCAUCUUCAGACUCCCCACAAAGGAGGCCCGACUCAAGACUUUUUUGACCUGUGGCUCACACGUCUGUGUCAUCAUAAUCUUUUACAUUCCAACUCUUUUCUCAUCUCUCAUAUACCGUUUUGGACAGAACUUUCCCCCGCAUGUCCAUGUUCUCAUAUCCAACAUGUACCUGCUGCUGCCCCCCAUGCUGAACCCCAUCAUCUACGGGGUGACGACCAAAGAAAUACGGGGUCGGCUGCUUGGGCUCAUUACCCAUAAAUCGUCUAGAGUUUUCUCCUAG